GGACACGUGAGCUAACUGCGUUACUCUUUCCUCAUGUUCGACGCUGCAAGGAAAUACGUGUACGACCGGCGUCGUGGGUUAUUUGAGACGUCGGUUGUGCUCUGUGGAGCGUAUGCUGUGAACCGCUAUGUCAACGAGAGAUUGGAGGAAGUCAAGGAGAAGGUGGUCAGGGAAAGAGCGGCUCGAGAGGCACUUCGAAGACGCUUUCAGAGUACCCAUGAUGACGCAUGCUUUACUAUCAUGGCACUCGUCCCUACGCUGGCCGAGCAAAUUCUCGAGGAGAUGGAUGUCGAGUCGCUUACAGACGAGCUUCAAUCUCUGUCACGUACAUCCCGUACUCGAUCCCGUUUUCAACAUCCAGGAUCUGAAUCCGAAUUUAGUUCCGUUUCGGACGUACACUCAGAUGCUGGGUCUGCGUCGGUGUCGUCCUAUUCGUCCUAUUCAGGCGUCGAUGGAGAAACGUCGUCAAAUCUGGUGGCAUCAACUGGCAGCUGGGUCGAUCGCUUUUCCAGCUCCUCCUCGUACAGGAGUCCGAUCGAACAGCUGCAGCAACCCCACGAUUUUCUUGCCUCUGCUGGUAAUCGACUUUCUGACUCCAUCACUACCGCUAGUUCCUCACUGAGCUACAAUCCUGGUGCCCCUCUUCAUGAACCACGUGCUUCCAUGUCUACCUCCAUGAGCGAGAGUAGCACCCGAACGAAAGCACAAUUAUGGAAGGAAGUAAAAAUGUUAACACUGACCCGCACACUGACAACUCUCUAUACAACUACCUUGUUGUCUCUUCUCACAAGCAUACAGCUAGCACUUUUGGCACGUGAACGCUACGUCACCUCGGUCCUCUCUACCGAACGCGCCGAACGCAUCCGCGAGGCAGCGCCAACGCUUUCGGGGCUUAUCUUCCGUGAGGCUGUAUCUCGUGUUGUCGACGUUGAGGCAAUAUGGCCGGCAUGGUGUGCAGGCCAAGAGGGCUGGGAUGAAGAAGUCGAAGGCAUAUCAGAGGAGACCGAGAUGCGCUUUUUGACGCUGAGUUGGUGGAUAUUACAUGUGGGGUGGAAAGAUGUAGCCGCAAGAGUGCGAGGUAGCGUCGAGGCAGUUUUUGAGGGAGUAUCUCUCAAGACGAAAUUAUCGCCUUCUGAGCUUCAUGUACUGAUCAUGGAUGUUCGACGGCGCGUUGAGCGGGAUGGCACUGGAGAUAACAAAGCAAGCAUGUCUGGCCGCUUUCUUGGCUCUCUCCUUCCACCGACUCCCGAAACGACAGCCCAUGUACUUGCACAAGGGGGCGCUCUCCCCCAAGUCCCCUUUGAACCCUCGCCCCUCCCUAGUUCCUCCAUCUCGUCGCUGCGCGACUGCGAUGACUCUCUCCCAAUUGCCGGUCCCACACCUCGCGAAGGUGUCUUCCCAACACCACCCUCCUCUAUUCCGCCGUCUUCCCCAUCACUAUCAUCCAGCCGACCUGCCCCAAACACAGCAUCCCCACCCCCGCCGUCACAACCCCGCGCCGAGCUCAACGACCCAAUAUUUUCCUCCCUCCUCUCGCAGACCAGAGCAUAUCUCGUCGGCCCAGACUUUGCAUACGCACUCAGCGCUGCGCUCGACCGCGCCACGGGCGUACUGGUAGACGGACUCCGUGCGAAGGUAUUCGUAGACUCGAGCACGACGAAUGCUCUGGAAGGGUUGUCGGCGACUGAUCCGAUAGAUUUGACGAUGGAAGAGGAAGCGAGGGAGGAAAUAAAGAUACGGCUGGCAGGUCUUUUGCCUGGAUUGGCGCGGUGGAGCCAGCUGGCGCUGAAUGCCGUGCCGAAUGAAUUGGUAGAUAAUGUUAUGGCCGUGCGCGAACUCGGUGCGUUGGAGGCAAUUGUCAUGUCGGAUUACCAAGAUCGAUACACUAGUUGAUGCUGAGAAGUCAUGCUACGUUGUACCUCCUGUCCUGGCUAAUGCAUCUAAAGAGAAUAUCAUUAAUAUAACUUGG